AUGCAUUACCUUCCCACUAACGCAGCCCAAUAAUGCCGAUAUGCACACGGACUCAGCGCCGGAUGAAAUGAGGCCCCAAAAGCAAUCCACUACCACAAAAUGAAUGCAAACAAUGAUGCCCUUCUCCAGCCAACCCUCCAACCUCAACACUUGCCAUCAGUCGCAGAAAAAAGACUGUCGGCGAAAUGUAAACCAGGCUUAUUCUCGUACUGUCCGACGAUGGACCUCGUCGCUCUGGCGACAGAGGAUGAACAGGUUCAUGUUUUCCGUCUGAAUGGCCAGCAAGUCCUCGGCGCUGAUUUGGCGGGGGAUCCGUAUCUAGAUGAGGUCAAGGGGGAGGUGAGGGGGAUAGGGUGGAAACACGAUGGCCAGUUACUCGCCGUUGCUGAUGCAGAGAAUAAACUCCGCGUCAUCAGCUCUUACAGUGGCAAAACAGUGCAUCAUUACCCGUGCCACAGCAGUAAUGAUAGUGGUAGUAAUACUUCAGCUAGAGUGUCAUGUAUUGGCUGGGGUGUUAAUUUUACAGAUAUAAAAUCCGCGAAAAGCUACCUGCAAGAUGCAAAUGGGCAGCUUACGGCUGAGGACUUGUUAGUCCCUGAUACAGACCCCGUCAAAACCGCGAUGUUACUGAAAGCAGAUCUGCCCCGUGAAUUGGCGCUGUUGGAUGUGGAGAGCUCGCUGCCGAAAUUAGCUACGCUGCCGGGGAAUGGGAAUGAUGAAGAUGUCUUUAGCAAUCGCGCGUCCAUCGACUCCAUUUUCCACUCUCCGCACAAAAGCUCAAGCGACUCGGUAGACGUGCUUUUUGUUGGAUUCACGGAUGGGAAUGCGCAUCUUAGGAUUUUCAACUGUUUCGAGAUAGGAAAUUUUUCGCUACUCGCGGCGAGCAGUAAUACGUCGGGUGCAGAAACGUUGGCGCAUGCAUCACAUCCUAUGAGCUCGACGCACUCGGUGUUGCUGUCUGAGAGUGCCCAAGAUGGCGCUCGCUCGAGUCUGAAACUGGUUACGCUUGAUCUGCGAUUUAUAGUCAAGUGUGGACGGUAUCUUUCACUACUAGCUUCAAAGACUACUCAGCUGCAGAACUUGCUUAGAUAUAUCAGUCAGACACAGCGUCAGAUUGUGACUGAAUGGAAGAAUAUCUCCGAGCUUCCAGCACGAUUUAUCCAGAGCAUUGCGGAUGAUUUGCAGGAAAAAUGUCAUUGUGAUUUUGUCACUGCUUUGUAUCAUCUUGUUGUAACCGGGAAUUGUUUUCCGCCGGUGAAAGAGUUUUUGAUUGAUAUUGUUGGGGAGAGAGGUCACAAACGGUGGGAAAAGACUGUUUCUUCAGGCUACGAAAACGUCCGACGCUUAAUCCACGAAUGUCUACUACCGGCACUCGAAAGAUGUGAGGUCCUUCUGAGCCGUCUGAUCGGAAUAUCCAAGUUCCACAAACUCAACCACAUUCUCGGCCUCGAGACGCGGGAUCUGCAGGAUAUUGUCGAGACAGCCGACUGUCUCCAUUUGCUGUCACAUACCAUGCUGGCGAAAACCAGUAGUGAAUUACGGCAAUUUGUCGAGUUCGCGAAAUGGCUGCGUCAUGAAAUUGAUAUCCAGACUGCUGAGCCUAUGUCGCAGACGCUAGGCGAAUUGUUAGAGAAAAGCGAUAUGAUUGACCAUGCCACGACGCUGGAGUAUAUCGAGGGUGCAUUGACGAAAAGUGCUCUUCGGUUGUUUAUCUCUUCUUCAGCUUUACCAAGUGUGUUAGGAACGAGCAAGAAGCUGGGUGGUGCAGAUCAGAAAGGACAGAAGCAAGGGUCGUUUUACGAGGCAUACAGACACGAAUUAGCAGCUCUCCAAAAGGAGCAAGAUAACGUGCAACCGGAGAAGGCGGAAUCGACACAGGAAGAUAAAAUACCUAAAUUGAACAACCUCAUCGACCGUCUCAGCUCUCAAUCUGAUAAAGUCUUUGAACAGAUUGCACUUACACAAAAAAGAAGCAUUCUCAACCAUUCCCUCCUCGAGCUUCAUCCAGACUGUGAUCGGGAUGUCGUUGAUACGACUAUGCGGUAUGAAGUUGUCGAUGACCAGGAAUUAUUUUGCGUUUAUGUGGCGGCGAGAUUAAAGAAAGCUCCGCAUACAUUACUUCUUUAUCGGGCUGCCCUUGUAAUCACCAACGGCGUGAGCUCAUCGCGAGACAUCUCGCUAGCUUCACUGCGCUUGCCAGAGGGAGAAAUCAAGCAAGUUCAAUUCGUGCAAGACGGGACUAUUGCUAUUCUGCAUACAGAUAAUGCGAACCGCUCAUGCCUCGUAACCUUCCACGUCACUCGGCCAAAUCUCGACGACACAGACCCAACCCCCUUCUAUCCUCAAUACCAACCAUAUAAGCCCUCAUAUAAUAAUUUAUCCCCCCUCCCAACCCCCCUCCAACUCGAUCUUGCCGGCGACCACUCCGAUCUCGUUUUACAUGCCUUCCCCUUCUCCGGAUCCAAAUCCAGGCCCAUCCGAUUAAGCGUCAACGGCCGGAAGGGACGGAGAGCCGUGUGUGUGCUUUACGCUGACCACAUUCAUUACGAAGUACUUGAUAUAGACAGCGAGGUGCAGGAGGAGGAGGAGGAGGAGAUGGCGACGGACUAAGAAUUAAAAGUAUGGUAUUGACGGACCGACACAAGCUUGACUCGAGUAAUAUCAGAUAUAGCAGUAGAUACUAGUCAGCAGUUAUGCAUUUCUACCAAUGCUUGCCUUUUUUUA